AUGGCAUCAUUAUCAGUACUUCACAAGACACUGCUCACCACUCACCAAAAGGCCCCAAAGGCACGCGAAAAGAAGAUGUCAAUAUUGGUCUUCCCGAAUACCCUCAUUUUGGAACUUUACACAUACCUUGACCCAAUUGACCAAGCCUGUCUAUCUCUCACAUGCAAGAGGCUCCACCUACUGGUCGGUUCGAACCAACACAAGCAGUUCAAAUUCCCGCGCCUUCUCAAAAUCAAAAGCCCUCGUUUAUGCGUGAACAGACCAGAAGUACCACGAAACCAACUUCUUCUCCGCCUCGAAAAUUCCAAAUGGCUAUACUGCGCAGCUUGUCUCAAGCUUCACCCACGAAAAGCAUUCAGCAAGCUCUCCCUCAAUCCCAUACAACGACGAUGCAGAGUUAACGCCGGGAUACUCGAUCUAUGCCCCUGCCUCUCGUUGACAGCAGGGGAUCGCCAAAACAUCAUCCGCAUAUUGACGAGAUCGAAUUCACAUUCUGGACUGGAAGGGAUAUUGGGCUAUCUCACCAGUCGACCGACACCCGAUGCCCUCACCGCGAGACUGAAUGGUCGACUCAACCUGGAGAGAAUCGACCUAGUGAGAACAGGCGAGACCGCCCACCUCACACAUUCCUGUACACAGAGAGCCAAGUUUUGGAAGACGACGAUAGAUCUUACAAUUUUCAUUGAGGAUAAAGAGCUCGUAGCGCAAGUUAGCUAUAUCCUCGACUCACAGCAGCCAAAGCGCAGGAACUGGUUGGCGGAGCCGGUUUUCGGAUGUCCGCAUAUAGACAUUACGAUGAUGGCUGGGUAUUUGAAGGGUGAGAAGCUGUGUACGGAAUGCAAAACCGCGUUUAUAGGGACGUCUGAGCCAAAUGAGAAUCCGGCUAUCAUUUAUGCGCAGCGUGAAUUGGGAGGUAUUGCAGAAUCAGAAUGUCAAACGUGGUUUCAGCAUUCAAGGUUCACCAACGAGGCAUAUGAACAGUAUCCUGUUUACUGGAGAGAUACUGCCAUCAUGAUAAGGGAGCGUGAUGAGAGACGUGCGGAAGUCAAGAAACAGUUGGAGCCGAAAGAGCCCCGGGCACAAUAUGGUCGAUCGUACACGUACGUCUCGGGACCAUACCUGACCAGAGCCUUGUCCCUUCCUACAAAACUUGGACCAGAAGAAGUAAAGAGCAUAAGGGCGUUGAGGUGA